AAGCUAGUAAGCUACACUUCUCGACUCUCACAAAACAAAUAAAGCACCCACCCACCUCCAUCCUUCACACCACACCAUAUACAAAAAAAAAUUAACCCCAAAAACCUCAUUUUAAUUAAAUACUCAAAUACCUCCAAAUUCCCACAAAAGCAACCUCUCAACUUUUUUUCCUCUGCUACACAUAAUACACCGAAAACAACCCACAAUCUGGAUUUAGAUUAAAUCACAGGCUCACAGCCAAAAAAAUUAAAAAAAAUGAGGGCUAGCAACCAUAUGAUAGGAGUUAUAAACUUCCUGACAUUUCUUCUCUCAAUUCCAAUUUUAGCAGGAGGAAUAUGGUUAAGCAGCAAAGCCAGUUCAACAGACUGUAUGAGAUUUCUUCAAUGGCCACUUAUUAUAAUUGGUGUUGCUUUAAUGGUGGUAUCUUUAGCUGGUUUUGCUGGUUCAUGUUAUAGGAAUACUUUCCUUAUGUACCUCUACAUGUGGGCCAUGUUCUUUAUUAUUGCUGCUUUGAUUGGUUUUAUCAUCUUUGCUUAUGCGGUUACGGAUAAAGGGUCGGGUCGACCUGUCAUGAACCGGGCUUAUGCUGAAUACAAUUUGGAGGACUAUUCGGGUUGGCUACAGAGGAAAGUUUCCGAUCAAAGUUAUUGGCUCAAGAUUAGUUCUUGUGUUAGAGAUUCUAGGACUUGUGCCAAGAUGCGUCGGACUUAUCAUGGUGUACCUGAAACUACUGAUGCUUUUUACUCUAGAAAGCUUAAUCCUAUUGAGUCCGGUUGUUGCAAGCCACCAACAGAUUGUGGUUUCGGCUAUGUGAAUGAGACCUUAUGGGGGCCGGGAGGCGGGCUCGUUGGAAACAAUCCAGAUUGUGGAAAAUGGAGCAAUGACCAACAUCAGCUGUGCUAUUCCUGUGACUCCUGCAAGGCUGGUGUGCUCGCGAGCAUUAAGCACAGCUGGAGAAAGGUGUCCAUCAUCAAUAUCAUCGUUGUAAUACUCCUUGUUAUCUUCUAUAUUAUUGCAUAUGCCGCUCUUCGGAACAACAAGAGGAUGGAUAAUGACGAGUCGUAUGGUGAGACUAGGAUGACCAAGGCACACCCAAGUGCUUUACACUUCUAAACCACAUUCAUAAUCAUGGUUGGUAGAUCCCAUGGUUUAAACUAUCUGGUGAUGAAAUGUGGUUUAUGUAUGUUCUCCAUGGCUUCAUAUAUGGCGAGUGUCAUUUUCUCUUGUUUCUUAAGGUUUCCAAACGGAGGUCUGGUUUUGCGUACGUAUAGGAUAUUCAUGGGGUGUGCUUUCUUAUGAAAAUUUGUACCCAGUUGUGGAGGUUUCUAUAUUUUUUUUUUCUCUGGAACAAGUUGUGGAUCUUAAGAUAAAAUAGUUUGAAUCUGUAGAAAUAUAUGUCGUAUUUUUCUUCUGGUUUC